AUGAAUGUGAUGGAUGACGACUCCUCCACGUACUGCUCCCGACAUACACGUUUGUCACUGUCGCCGUCGCAGACUCCAGAGCGACCGGGCACUGCAUCGCAGCACCUUGCAUUAGUGACGGACUGUGCUUCUCCGCAUAAUAGCAAAGUGAGCGAGGUGGCAGAAUUCUCAGCAGCAGCAGCAACAGAAGAUGAAGCACAACGGCAAUUAGAUCAGGAGGACCAUCAAACUGCUAAUGAUAUCUCAAAUACGAAAGAUCUAGCAGCGCUACCAGAAGAGAAUCAAGCAUCGCCGCGUCCUUCUUCCCAUGCCGGGCAAUCGGAUACAAAUAUGCAAAACGGCGCUUUAGGUAAGUGGGGGGAGGGUGGGAAGAAUUCAGCUACCCUCGGAAAUGCUGUUGGCUGUGAGGAUGAGGGCACCAACGAUGAUGAUGAUGCGUCAUCCAUCAAGUUUCUGCUUUUCGAAACGCCCUCACGUGCGUCUGGUUCACCAACACAAAGCAGUAUUCAGUUUGUGCAGAAUCCUUCUGCCUUGACAUUCCGCGAAGCCAGCGGCAGUCGUUCACAGAACGGUGCUUACGCUACCCACAACCCUCAUGCAAAGGACGGGAGUAAUGUCCCUGCUUUGCCAACGGGUGAAGUGAGGGAGGUGGCAAACGACGGCACUGAUGUCGGUGGAUGGUGUCUUAAUGAAUCGCGGGGCUCCGAACAAUUGGCGCCAGCAUCCACCGCCACCACCACCACGUUCAAGCGCCAUACAGGGGCGAGCCAUCCCCCUUCGGAGGAUGGCAGUCAGCAGCGGAGGCAUACCAGCUAUAACAGCUCUGUGAUUAAUAACGGCAGUGGGCGAGACCCUCGUAAUGGGAAAAUGACAUCACCGUCGUCACACACCUACAAUGGAAGUCGAAAUUCAUUUUUCGGCUAUGGGAAGGAGCAAAGAGGAAGUAUUCAGGAUAGCAGGAGUAGCAGCUCUGGACGGCUGCCGCAACGGCGCAGUACCAGGAUAGGGAAGGCCCAUGGACGGCUACAGCUGUCGAGCGCCCCGGUAUCAACGCGCUCCUCCUGCUCGGAACGUAACUCGGUGCAUGAUGAGAUGGGGUUGCGCAUGCAAAAAGCAGUCGUGUCGCCUCGACGCGGGGGCGCACCUGCAACGCCGCGUAAAUUCACCGGCAAUUCUCUUCUCCGUCAACAACAUGCGACACCACUCCGCGCUGCGCCUGGUACGAGCCCAGCGUUGGAGCGCUACAAGCAGCAUCGCUUGCUGGAAUCACCGUUGCGAGGUCGCCAUGAGCGGAGGGAGGAAUUACUGGAGAUGCUGGACGAGGAGAUUGAAGCCGUGCGCGACGAGGUGGAGUUGAAUGACCUGGUAAUGGAGGAUGCCAUGCUCCGCGACCCGUUUGAGCGGUUAUAUCACAUGAACAAUCGCCGCGACCGAGAUGAACGCCGCUGCCGGCUCCUGCACUUUAUGAAGUUGGAGGAGGCGAAGGAGCGGCUGCUGGCCGAAGAUGAUGAGGAGGAGUUGCGGCGUCGUCAACGCCGGCAGGAGUCCGCACGGCGCCGCGAGGAGGUAUUUGAACGCCUCUAUUACGUUACACCCCCACGUCUCAACAACAGCCGCCAGAGCAUACCUAAUAGUGGCCGUGGCGGGGAUGCUUCUGGCCAUCGCAGUACGUACAUUGCCGAUGAUGGCUUCUUUCACCGGCUUUACAAUGACGCUGUUGAGUCCAUGAUACAAAAGCGCGAGCGAAUGCGACUGGCGGAAUCAGAGCGGGAACAGAAAGCGGUAGAGGAACUCCUUCACUCCCGCAUUCUUGCCCGCCUGGAGCUUAAGAGUUCCCCGCAGCGGCUGUAUACACCGCAGCAGAUGGAGGAACGUGCCACCAGUAUUCGCCGAAAACUUGUGCAGAGCCCAGAUCGUCUGCGGGAGUUUCUCCAAGAGAAUCAACUGACAAAGAAGAAGGAGGAACUACUCGCAUGGCGCCUCUCGCGGCAGGGGCGCAUCAAUGCAGCAAAGCUAGCACAGAAGAAGGAAGAGAUGGAGCUGAAGGAGUGCACGUUCCAUCCCAAGACAAAUAACCGCUUCACUUUNCGAGGUGCUGCAGGAGUGAAGAGCCACACGAGGUCCACGAAGGCAUCAGCGGCCCGACAGCGGAAAGACAGUUCCGAUACGUCGCAGGUGAUGUCGCCACCCCGCUCAUUUUCGCGUACGCAGAAGCGAGCAUGCGAGCAGCUCUACGUGAAGGCCGUGAAGCAGCGCGAGCGGCAGAAAGCGCUCGUUGAGGAAGCCGCGAAGGCUAAGAAGCUUGCCUUUCUGAAGAGCAAGCUAAAAGAAGACCACCAUUUUCGUCGUCGCGUAGAAUUAGACCCGUCCUUAGCAGAGCGUUACAUGGCCUCAUUGGCUGUGUGA